UAUACCAUUCCCGAAUAUUGUAGAAAGGAUUUGGUGGACAAGGCAUGGCAUGCCGUAUCAAUGAAAGUCAAAUUACCCGGUAAUAAUAAUAAUAAUAAGUAAUAAUAAGUAUUUUAUUUUAUACAUACUCGUAUAUAUUUAUGUGUUAUCUACGUUAUUUCAUGAUAUAUAUUAAUUAAAUUAAGAUAGAUUAAAAUAAGAUGUUGUAAUAUGCAUAACUUAAUAGUAUAGUAAAUGCACUAUCGACUGAACUUCGCUCAGAAUCGUUUUUUCGUAAGCAAUGGUUUAUCCUUGCUUAUAGAUAUACAUUAAAUUCCCGUCUGUAUCCUAUCUUUCCAACUUUAAGAAAACUUAAAUGUUGUCAAUGGUAUCUAUACAUUUUUAAGUGCCUAAACAGUAAUAGACAAAAAUUAAAUAGGUACACUAGGUAGUAAAAAAUGAUUUUUUUUUUAAUCUGAAAUAAAGUCUAAACUCACAGUAAAUUUAUCUGCAUAUGAUAAUCUAAAGUUCACAAAUAUGCUUAUAUCGUUUACAGUUUUACACACAUACUUUUAAUCUUAAAAAUAUGAAAUUAUUAAAAUAUUUUAGCAAUUAGGUGUGCGUGUUAAUAUAAAAGUUUCAUUAUAGUAUGACUAAAAACCGCAUAAUUAUAAAUACUUUUCAUAGGUAAUAUAUAUUAAUAUGCUGAUAGUCGCGUUUAUAACAUAAAUAUCGGAGUAUUAAUGGACUGAAAUAUUAUGAUAGUCCAUUGAUACUUUUUUUUUUUUUAAAUAUGUAUGCAUUUGCAUUAUCUUUGCAUAAAGGUUAGGCAUAGUAAUAAUUACUAUUACUAUAGUAUCUAUAAAACAUAUUUUAUUCGUAUGAUAAUGCAAAACCAAAACCAACUAUGGCACUACCUUUUUUUUUUUGUUUCCGAGAAAACCGAAACUACCAAGGAACUUCAAACAAAUGCAUAAAAGAAAAGUUCACGGGGGAAGGGGGAUAUGGUACCCUCAUCUACUCGUGAGUACGCCCCUGCUAUGAGUAAAGUAUAUUUAAAUACAUAAUUAAUAUGAUUAAAUUGUUUUUCAAUAUGCAUUGUCUAUAAAUGAAAGUUAAACGAUUAAAAGAUUUUACUCAUACACCUAACUUAACAUUACCCCAUCUUCCUCACCAAACACCAUCCGAAAUUGAAUUUUUUUUAAAUGUAUGACCCCUUUUGCCCAGAAAAUAAAUCCUGGUUGCACCACUGUAAAUUGUAGUUUGUACACAACGACAAUUCGCUAAUAAAAAUCGAUUUACGUCUUAUAAAUAGUAAUAUUUAAAGGAAUAACCCAUUUGUGCGAAAAAAUCCCCAGACAUUGGCGAUUGUACUUUUUUUUAUACGGAGUAUACGCAUUAUUUUCAUAACUACUAAAAUUUUUUUUUAUAAUAUGCUUAUUUAUAUUUUUAAUUUUACACACUAUUUCAAAAUCCAACCAUAUAAAAAUAUUAUAGUUCUUUGCCGUUGUACGUAAACGAUUGUUUAAUUUUAGACUUGAUUUACAAGCCUAUAAACAAAAUAGUAUCUUUUAAAACUAUUUUACUAGGUAUUCAAUUUAAGUAAUUAUUCAAAGUAUGACACUUACGCGCAUUUCAUAUAAAAAUAGAAUUACUAUUGUAAUUUACUACAGCCGUCCAAUACCUAUCAAUGAAAAAUAUCGUUUUUCUGUCCAUUAAUGUGAAUCGUUAUCGGAAACUAUUUUUAUACAUAAUGUAUUUUACGCUUAUCAUUAUAAAUGUGUAGGCAACAAUAGUAUUAUUUAAACUAAUUACUCAUAUUCAUUAAUAAUACAUAUAAAUUAUAAUAUUAAAUAUAAUAUAAAUAUAUGUUACACCGCAUAGGUAUAACAUCGAUAACAUGACAAUAUAGUACACAUUUAUUUAUCGUUCACUAUUUAAUUAUUUUUCUUCAUAAUUUAUGAAUUCUUCUUAUAAAAAUUUAUUAUUGUGUGUCGCCCAGUCUUUAAAAAUACAAUCAACUAGGCUAACGUAUGUUCCCUAGUUUAAAAAAUGCACUGUGUCCGCAAUGUGGAAAAUUUCAGAAAAUUCAAUAUCUUGUUGAAAGAUUUAGCACUAAUUUUGCGAUUGGUACUGUUCGCCAGCACUAAUUCAACACUAAAUUUUGAUGCUACACCGGAUUUUGGUGCUUGUACAGCGUCCGCUGCGAAGAGUUACGGAAAGCCUAUAUCUCGUUUGAAAAUAGAGCACUAAUUUUGAAAAUUGUUCCGUUCGCCAGCUCUAAUUCAUCACUAAAUUUUGAUACUGCGGAGUAUGUUGGUGCCUUUACUGCGUCCGCUACGUGAAGUUAGCGGACGGAAAAUGAGCACCCGUAUAACUUUUUUUUGGUAAGAGCAAUAAUUUUAAAAAUACAAUUAAUGCUCAAUGUCCGUCCGCUAUCUUCAAGGACCUUAUUAAUUUUUCUCAAAACCAGAAAAUGUUGGAGUAUUGACAUUUAUUUUCGGGACACCAAGUCAAAAACCGGUGAUAGUCUCAGUUUUCCGGGUUGAAGGGCGUAGGUACUUAUCCUUUUAUUUAAAAUUUAUUUUCUGUAAUAAUUACAGUUAUAAUGUAAAUUUGUGUUAUGACUUUGUUACACUAAAUUCCAUACAUUUUAAAUUGUAUUGGUUGUUGUCUAUUCAAUUUGAAUCUGAUGAGUGCGAUUGAUAUACAAUAAAUUAUUGUUUUUUGAUAUGAUAAAUGAUAGUCAUUCAUAUUUGAGCACUUAUUUAAGUCAGUGCGUAGUUUUUGUGUAUAAAAAUAAUGAUAUUAAUGUUAAUAACAAAAUAAAACUUUUGUUGAAACAUUUUGUUUCAUCAAAAUUUGUACGUAAAAAAGUUUUUGCAUACAAAUUUACAGCAUUCGGAUUUAGCACUAGUCAUUUUAAACAUUUCAAUGAUUUUUAUAACUCGCUAUGUAUGACUAACGUGACCAUACGUCCAGCUUUCGAGCUAAGUGGCUCGCUGUCCCCAAAGAAUUUAAAAAUGUCCCGCUUUAAGAAAAGUCGACUUGUGGUAGGUAUUUAUUGAUCACAAAUCACAAUCAUAAAUUUAUACAGUAUACAGUAUACGUAUACCUACAUAUAUAUAUAUGUAUACUGUAAAACACUAAAACCCAUAGUCUUUAGUUCAUAUAGAUAAAAAUGAUACAAAAAUAAGUACCUAAUUGUCCUAAUUGUAGCUAAUUGUUGUUAUGGCUGCCACCGCCUCGACUGCGAGAAUCGGCAAUAUGUGGACUACCUACACAUAUUAUUAAUAUCGUUAAUAUUGUUCCAUAGCUGAAUAUUUGGAGCAGUGAUGUCAGUUCAACGAGGAAGUAAAAAUAUUUGAACUGGCAAAUCUGAGAAAGGUUCCUUCGUGGAAGUAUAAAUGGUGAUGGACUUACUUAUUGAACAGAAAUUUAUUAGUAGCAGUCAAGAAACAGGAGUGACGAGUUUUCACUAAUUUCUAAUUAUAUAAUAGCUCAAAAAAUAUACAACUGGAACACCGGGAAUAUGGCUACUGAAAAUCGUUGGGUGGAAGUAUUUAUGCACUUUAAUGCUAAUGAUUUCUCACACGUCAAUUUUUCUACAACUGUAGAAUACAUUUUGUGUUUACCAAGCAGUAACGCUCCAGUUAAAAGAGUGUUCUUUUUUAUGAAUAAAAUAUGGAGCAGUGAAAAAUUCAGUUGGGAGACUCUGCGUUAAAAACGAUUCUUAUAACAAAGGCUAACACAAACAAAUCUUGUCAAGAGUUCCAUUCAUACAUAAAAACCAAACAGGCAAUUUUAAAGCAGAUUUGUGGAUCCGAUAAAUAUAGAAAAACAGCCGAAUAAUGUACUAUAUUAUUACAUUAUUAUUAUUAUGAUUAAUAUAUUAGCUGC